AUGUCAUCGUCCAAUUCCGCUCCUCAAGACCAGCCGAUCCCGGUCCUGCUCCUCAAAACAAAAUCCAGCCCAUCCGACGCAUACGAAGACCUCUUCUCGGCCCCUUCCCAUAACCCCUCUUUUGAACCAACUUUCGUCCCCGUCCUACAGCACAAGUUUGAGGAAAAGGGAGUAGACAGGCUCCGAAACUUGCUCCGCCAGAAGCGCAUCGGGAGCAGCCCGGACUGCGAGUUCGGCGGGCUGAUAUUCACUUCCCAGAGGGCGGUGGAAGCAUUUGCGCAUGUAGUGCUUGAAGAUGAAGCUGCAAAAGAUGACCCCGAAUGGCCUCACUUACAGAACAUCCCUAUCUACAGCGUAGGCCCAGCCACCACCCGCGCCCUGUCCGCCGUCUCCCAGCAGCCUCCCCUCCAAAUCUUCGGCAGCCACACGGGCAACGGCGAUGCCCUCGCGCAAUUCAUCCUCGACCACUACGCCGAGUGGCACCGCGGAAACCACCCCGCCCGACUACCCCCCCUGCUAUUCCUCGUCGGCGAGCAACGCAGAGACAUCAUCCCCCGCACCCUGAUGGAUCCGUCCCUCCCCGAAACCCGCAGGAUCCCCGUCGUCGAAGAGGUCGUCUACGGCACGGGCGAGAUGCCCUCGUUCCCGGACGACUUCGCGGCCGUCCUGCGCAGCACGCAUCGCUGCCCAGAGCGCUGGGCCGUCGUCUUUUCGCCCACGGGCUGCGACAGCAUGCUCCGCGGCCUCGGCGUGCUGGAUCCCGAGACGGGCAAGUUCUCUGGGCGGCGGGACGAGGGGACGUAUGUCGCUACGAUUGGGCCUACGACGAGGACACAUCUUGUCAAGAACUUUGAUUUCGAGCCUGAUGUUUGUGCUGAGACGCCGACGCCAGAGGGAAUAUUGGAGGGGAUAGUGGCUUUCCAGAAGAAGAGGUUAGAGAAGACGGCAUUGUAGCAAUGGAAAUGGAUAGAAGUCAAGCAAGAGGAGGAAUAGAAAUUGUAAAGCCAAUGCUGGCCAUUGGCAUUUUAACAAGACACUGCAACACACUGUAAGAGUACGCAUGGAAUCGAAGGCAGCAAUAAAUACAAAUGGGGGGAAAGGCG